AUGACCUCCAAGCAACCCUCACAACCAGCAGCCAAAGGCGGCCUUGGUGAUCUAUCUCUACAACCUGAAGAUCUCCAGAAAUGCAGCUGGGAUCAACUCUUGGAGAUGUUUUCCAGCGCAUUGAAGGAACAUGAGCAGCUUGACAAGGAUCUCCAGCAUCAGACGAUGGAAUUGCUCAAGGUGUUCGAAAUAUGGACUCAGGUCACUGUUUCUCGUGAUGAGGAUCGGUCAUACAAAAGAUUCCAGACACGAAUGCAACACGUCCAGAAUUCCGAGCGAGAGCUAGAAGAGAAGAAAGAACACUGGGUCGACACCUCGAGUGCUUUAGGUCCUACAACGGGCCCAAAGUCGAAACUAGAUGGUUUGUCAACGGGGUCAUUGUUUGCAGAAGAUGAUAUCAUAGCGCCUGAUGCGUUGUUGGAUGGAGAUGCAAUUGAGGAUUUACUCGCGAGUUUGGAUAAUCGCAAUAAUCAGAUGUCAGAGGAUAUGGGAACGCAGUUUGAGGAUAGACCGGGGAAUGACGAGAGUGAGACACCAGAUCUGCUCGGCAAUGUAUACGGAGUCAUCAAACGAACUUCCACUACAGAAUCAAACAUUGACAAGUCAACUCAAAGCAACUCCAGGAAAGGGAAAGAAGACGACAUACCGGACUUUCUCAAGGACAUCGACAGCAGCGAUGAAGAAUCCGGAGAUUCCGAUUCCGAAGAAAAAGAAGAAGCCGAAGCGGUGAAAUAUGUUGAAAAUCUCUUGAAAGAUCUCGCAGAGAAUCCUCCUCCUGCGUCCCCGACAGAGGACAGCAGCACUCCCACUCCCCAACAAGAUGUCGAUGGCGAUGAGGAAAAUCUAUCUUCACGUCUGGCAGCACUCUCACUCCCAUCAGCACCAAAGACUCAACCUGGGGACCGACCCAAACGGCACAACGCUGAAACGCCGGAUUGCUGUUGUAUAUGCUACGAUACGGCCAAAUUGAAAUGCCUGGGUUGUGAAGAGGAUCAAUUGUUUUGUGUUCGGUGUUGGUGGGAGAUGCAUAUGGAUGGAGAAGGGGAUUCGGGGCAUAAGGCUGUCAAAUAUGAGGGCUCAUAG